GAGGAGGUCUGUUGCAGUGUUUGGAAGCUCCAGUUUCUUCAGCCACCCAACGUAGACUCACAACUGAGACUCUUCAGGGAGUGUCCACACUUUUGGUCUAUAAACCAACAGUUGAGCUUGGACGCGGGACGACUGGCCAGUCCUUCGUUGGUGGAGUGUGUUUCCCGUCAUGAUCGUCACUGUGGAAGGCAAGGGGAAAGGGUCCCUCCUGCUGCUGCUGCUCAUGUCAAGCCUGCUCCUGUGUGAGGACGUGGCCUGCCAUCCUCUCUGUGGCAAUGAAUGCCCCCCGCUGUAUACAAACCUAUUUCUACCCAUGGUUGCUGCAUCUCAUUACGUGUACUUUACUGCUAAAAAACUCUUCUUGGAUUUUGAACACUACUAUUCCAGGAACAAAUUCUUCUUUAUGCCAGCCAUCAGAAGGUGCCACACAGCUGGCAUCACUCUUCCAGAUGACAGUAUACGUCCCUCAAAGAUAGAGUAUGCAGAUGACUUCAGAUUUGUGGUCCGCUUGCUGCAUUCCUGGAAUGAACCCUUGUUGCAUCUUGCUAGUGAAGCACAUCGCCUGCCAGAAUAUAGUAGUCACAUCAGACAUGAAGCUGAGCGUAUUGCCAAUCAAAGCCGACAUCUUCAAGAACUCAUGAAUAAUGUAGUCAUCCAGUUUGAUCCUGAAAUCACAAGCAAAGUGGACUAUGCUGUCUGGACAGAACUUCCAUCCCUGCAAUCAGCUGAUAAAAUCACUCGCCUGUUUGCUACUUAUAAUCUGCUCCGAUGCUUGUUUGGGGAUUUCCGUAUGGUUGGUGGUUAUCUCAAGUGGUUGUUGUGCCAAUUUGCUGAAUCUUUUGAGUGUUAACCCUAUAUCC